UGUAUCCCUAUACAUUUUGUACGUGGGGUUUUAUGUUAUCCUUUUAUUUUCUUCAUAGUCCUGACUCCUUAUCCAUUGUAUGCCAGGUGGGAAAAUGGUUGGGGUAGAUUUUAUACUUUCUUAACUUCUAUGAACAAAUUAUAUUUUCAGGUGAUUGGUACACUUUAAUUUUCUGUGUUUUCAUAUUUUUUUGUCCAUACAGGUAGCUCUUUGAGAUUUACAGACCCUAAUGCUCAGCUAAACAUCAGCGUUGAGAGAGGAAAAUACAUGAUUCCGUCAAUGUUGUGCAACGCUGAGGGUUUCACCAGCAUCACCUGGCUAAAAGAUGACAGCUUUGAGUUCCCAUUUGGUUUUAUGCCUGGCAGCAGUAAAGCCCACACGAGUCUGACAGACUGUAAUCAGACCGUGCAGAUUAAAAACACACAAAAAGAUGCGAUCGGGAACUAUACAUGCAUGGUGUCCAAUGGUGAAGAGACGAUACAGAGGACAUUCCAUGUAAUUGUAGAAGAUGAGAAAUUCACUGGCGAUCCAUCUACGAUUGACCAUGCCAACUGCAGUGAUAUGGCGGUGAAACCUGGGGAAGACGUCUACCUCUUUUGCGAGUUCUGUGCCGGGGACAAAUCACAUGUAACAGAAGUCAGAUGGAAUAAGCUGGAUGAAGAUGAGAAUCUGGUACCUGUAAAUCAGCUAACAGAUGAAGAGGAUGAGGAUGGGAGCCGGUAUUGGGAAUCACCUAACAUUUACUCCAGAGAUUGUUUGGAAACAUACAAUCUUCCAGCUGCAGUUGGAAGGCAGUUAAUAAUCAGAGAUGUUACAACAGACAUGUUUGGUAGCUACGUCAUCACUGCGAAUUACACCCUCAGCGGAGCAUACAAGGGAGCCUCCAUACAAAUCACUGUAUCACGAGCACCUGACACGAUGACUGAGAUCACCGUUGGCGUCGUGGUAUCAUUGACUGUCAUCUUCUUGGUUGUUACCGUGGUAACAGUGACCUGUCACAAAUAUCAUCUGACACUACAGCUCUACUGGAAGAACCGAUUUGGAAAGAUUGAAGAACAUGAUGGAAUGGAACAUGAUGCCUUUAUCAGCUUCAGCGACUCACCGAACGAUGGGAGGUUUGCCAUCGCCGUAGCACAGCUUCUCCUUCAGCGGGGUUAUAAUGUAUGGAUGAGAGAUAUGCAUUCUAUACCAGGAGAAGCAUUGAUAGCGGAGGAGAUUGUCAGCAUGAAACGAAGCCGACGAUGUAUUCUCAUCAUCUCUCCCGAAUACUCAACAUCAUCUCAUAGUGAAGUCUUGACUGAUUUGGCAGCUGACCAGACUCUAAGGAAGAGAAGUCGAAUCAUCCCCAUCCUCUACCGAGACGUCACCAGGGAGCAUUUCAAGCGACACCAACGUCUGGCUGAGAUCAUCAGGGUGUGUCCCUGCAUUAUAUGGCAGGAGAUGGAAGACGCUGGUUCCUUGGAUGACCAGCUUAGUAAUAACAUCAGUGGGAGUAGCUCAGAAGGAGUGCAUGGCAAUGGCUUCAGUGGGAGUGGCCUUGGAGAGAUGCCAAACAACGAUGUGAGUGGGAGUGGCCUAGAAGAAAUGCGUAGCAACAACUUGAGUGGGCGUGGCACAGUAGAAAUGCCAAGUAAUGUCUCUGGGUGUGGUACUGGAGAAAUGCCUAUCAACAGUAACAACAGUAUCAACAGUACAAAUGAUGAUGAAGGCACAAUUGCCUGCCAUAGCAACAAUGGAAUGAGGAUGACUCGUAGAGAUGGAGAUAGAGAUCAGCUUAUUGAGGACCAGGAAGAAGGGGAGAGAAAGAAGAGGGAGAUGAAGAUGAAGAAGCAGAGGGAAAAGAAUGAGAAAAAACUCCUUUUGAAAAUGCCGCCUAAACGAUUAGUUGCUAGUCAUGCUGGAAAUACAGCUUCAAUGGUAGUUUAGUCU